UUGGCGCGAUUAAUAUUUUGAAGGACAGAGAGUGAGUGCGUGCAGGGGUUGUCCCAGUGCCGCUUCUGUAGCUUAUUAUUUUGUUUUUAGUGGUGCAGUUAUUAAUUUUUCAAAACCAUGUUUGAGGCUCGCCUUAUCCAGGGAUCCAUCUUAAAAAAGGUGCUAGAGGCACUAAAGGACUUGAUUACAGAAGCUUGCUGGGAUAUCAGCUCAAGUGGCAUUAACCUGCAGAGUAUGGACUCCUCGCAUGUUUCCCUUGUACACCUAGUUUUACGAUCUGAUGGAUUCGACACAUACCGCUGCGAUCGAAAUCUUGCCAUGGGGGUUAAUCUUAGCAGCAUGUCCAAGAUUCUGAAAUGUGCAGGCAAUGAAGACAUCAUCACACUGAGAGCAGAGGAUAAUGCCGAUACACUUUCAUUGGUAUUUGAGACUCAAAAUCAGGAGAAGGUUUCUGAUUAUGAGAUGAAGCUGAUGGAUUUGGAUGUUGAGCAGCUUGGAAUUCCAGAACAGGAAUACAGCUGUGUUGUAAAAAUGCCAUCUGGUGAAUUUGCCCGUAUUUGUCGCGAUCUCAGUCAAAUUGGUGAUGCUGUUGUAAUUUCAUGUGCAAAGGAUGGGGUGAAAUUUUCUGCAAGUGGAGAACUGGGUACUGGUAAUAUCAAGCUGUCACAGACCAGCAAUGUAGACAAAGAGGAGGAAGCGGUAACCAUUGAAAUGAAUGAGGCAGUACAAUUAACUUUUGCCCUGAGAUAUCUGAACUACUUCACAAAAGCCACUCCUUUGUCGGCAACAGUAACUCUUAGUAUGUCUGCAGAUGUUCCUCUUGUGGUGGAAUACAAGAUUGCAGACAUGGGACAUGUCAAGUACUACCUGGCCCCCAAGAUAGAAGAUGAAGAGACUUCUUAAAAUUGCACUGCAAAAUACCAACAAGCUGAACGUUGAAACCACGUUUCUGAGGAAGACUGCCUUUAGGACAAUUUUACUGUCUUGGUGUCUGAAAAAUGCUGUCAAAACUCACUUGAUACUGGUCUGGCAGUACUUCAGGCAUGUUCUGUAGAUAUUUUUCUGUAAAUAUUUCAAUCUCAAAUUUUUGUAAUGCAGAUGUCUUAUGUAUUUGGAAGUCCGCUAAAAGUUUUGUUAAUUAAAACUACCAGUGACCUUU